AUGUCUAGCUUAUCUCAGUACCGUCUUCUCUGUUUCGAUGUCUAUGGCACGCUCAUUGAUUGGGAGGAGGGGAUCAUCACGGCGCUCCAGCCGAUCCUCAAAACCAGCAAGACCGAGUUCACUCGCAAGCACCUAUUGACCAUCUACCACGAGCUGGAAAGCGAACAGCAACGUCUUACCCCAGACAAACCAUACUUCCAACUGCUGGCUACUAUCCACCCUCUUCUAGCCCAAAGACUAAGCCUCCCUACCCCAAGCGAAGAAGACAGCAUCCAGUUUGGGAAGUCGGUUGGUAGUUGGCCAGCAUUCCCUGAUACUAUCGACGCCCUAUACCGCCUCCAGAAGUACUACAAACUGGUCAUCCUCUCCAAUGUUGACAGGGCAUCCUUCGCCCAAUCCAACGCUGGCAGUCUGCAAGCAUUCCCCUUCGAUCUCAUCAUUACAGCCGAGCAUGUGGGCUCCUACAAGCCCGACGCGCGGAACUUUGCGUAUAUGAUGAAAGCAGUGCAAUCAGACUUUGGCGUUGAGCCGGAACAGAUCUUGGUGACUGCACAGAGUCAGUAUCAUGAUCAUCAGCCCGCAUCUCGAGCGGGGAUCCGGUCUGUGUGGAUCGAGAGACCUGGCGCCAUUAUGGGAAAUUCAGAGGACGCUCCUAUUUUUGAUUGGCGCUUUGAUACGUUGGGUGAAAUGGCACACGCCUUGCAGAAUGAACGAACUCAGUAA